UUGCUAAAAACACCCACUUUCUUUUUUACUCUCUUGUUUUUUUGUGAUUUUCUUGUUUUAUUUAAGCCUCAUACUUUUAGUUUUUCAAAGGCCACGAUUUUUUGCGCAUUGAAUGAUUAGGGAGAAUGAAAAUGAAAGGAGGGGAGUUGGUGUUUGUGAUUAAAUGAUUCGGUUUCAUCUUUCAAAAGUCUAGAGAUUAAGAGGAUUUGAAUGUAGGCGUAUUUUUUGAGAGAUUAGCCUCUCCCAAAAUUUUUGGUUACGGUCGUUUUUAAAAUAUAGAUUCGGACUCGAAUGGAUUAAAUAAGGAAAUUAGAGUCGCAUAAAUAAGAAAAAACGGCAAAAGAGCGAAUAAAACAUGAGAGAGUGCGAGACAACGAGAGGAAAUUUUUAUCGGUGCAUUUGAUCCCUUAAAACUGCACUCAACUGGUACUUCAUAAUUUAUGUUCGAAAAUCAAAAAUGCCAGUCAAUUAUUUGCUCAAAGUUUUAACUGAAAUUUUUUUACGUCCUUUAGAGCCAGACGCUCAAUAAAAAAUUCAUUUAAACUUAAUUUGUUUGUCUAAUAUAUUUUAGUUGUUAAUCCUUAAAUUGUUCGUGUUCUUUUAGUGCAUUAUUUGUUAAAAAAUAAUUUUUUCUUUUUUAAUUUUAGAUUUUAAAUAUUUUUACUUAAUUUAUUUUUUUCUUCAUCAAAAAUGCUUCCAACUCAACAACCAGGCGUCAGUGUAUCAAGCGCUCCUGCAUUAUCACCUAAUAAAUCAAUUAAACAACGACAACGCCAGAGGACUCUUAAUGAACAAUUGGACCUUUUAGACAGACAAUUUUGUGUGGAAGUUGAUGUUCAGAUGGCAAAUAGAAUGGAUUCUAUUUCUGUUAGCACGCCGUCUUCGAAAGACUUUUAUAAGCAAAAAGGUGUUAACAAGAUGUUUUCUAAAUCGCUUGAUGGUGUUUUUCAGCCUGAUGACCUUUCACAAUCGCCAUACAGCCCACCGACUAAGACUUCUCGUAUUCAAAAUUUCUUUCGUUAUUAUUCGCCUAAUCCAGUUACUCAACAUCAGGCUUUACACAAGGGCCAUUAUGGAGGUAAACACUCUCCUUUUGAUUUUUCCACUUCAGCACGUCCAUCAAUGACAAAUGUUAUGCAUGCCCAGCAGUCUAAAUCAAUAAGUGAUUUUGGACCUAGUUCUUUUGGAUCAAGAAUUGUGUUGAUUCCUCCAACAACUGAAAAUGCUGCUGGAUGUAAGACUGCUCUUUUGAUUAAAAACGAGGUAUUCUUUAAAUAAAUUUGGGAGGGUGUCAGUCCUAAAAAUCGAAAAUAUAUUUUUAAAAAAUGUAUGAUUGCGUGUUUCCAGAGAGGUGUUUGGGCCAGAAAAAUUAUUUUGCGUGUAAAAAGUUCCCUCCGCUAAGUAAACUUUUUUUUGUAUAAUAUUAUUGUAAACAAAUAUAGCUACAAAAUAAGGCAAAAAAAAUUUUUU